AUGAAUGUGCCGUCUAAAAAGCCAUCUUCUUUUGGCUUAACACAAAAAGAGAAGGACGGGAUUGUGGUGGAUAUUGAGAGCUCUCCACCCAAGCAAAAAGAAAUGGGUUUGAAGAAGAAUACGGAGUAUUCAAGUGAUGAUCAGACUCGCGACUCGCUACCUGUGACUCAUGUGGUAGCGACGUCUGCAAAUAAGUUUGCUAUCCUCGAUACAAUUCAAGAGGAAGAAGGUGAGAUUGUUGAAGAUGUGACACUGGAGGAUGGUUUAAAUGACUCAGAGCCUACUGAUAAUUCUGAAAAUAGACAGAAUGAUACUGACUUUGCCGAUGAUGGUUUGGUUGGGAAAAAUUCUGAGAUUGGUGAAACAAUAAUUAUUCAGCAGGGAAGUUGGUCUGAAGGGGAUAUGGACGAUUAUGAGGACCAAGAGCGAGUGACAGCACAAGGGUUUGUCUCGUUAGCUAAGAAACGUGGACGAAAAAUGAAGGCUGAGCUAGCCAAAUUACAUGCAGGAGUGGCCUUGAGAAGGCUGCGGUUUCAUGGAAUUGUGGCUGUAGGAGAAGACUUCACUUGGGGAGGAACUCAAAGUACUGGCUGGGUUGCUAAGAAACUUGAUCGUGUUCUCUUCACAAAAGAAUGGAAUGAGCUCUUUCCAGUUUUCUCAGUAGAGAACCCGAAUCGUACUACAUCAGACCAUAGCCCAAUCUUGCAUCUUUUUGGUCAUCAAAUUGCGAGUAAACCUAAGACCGCUGAUGGUGAAACCCUUACAAAUAUGCCUGAGAUUGAGCAAGAGGCGGUCCAGUUUUAUAAAGAGCUUUUGCAGGAUGAUAAUUUGGAUGUUCAAGAAGAAGAAGCGUAG